CAUGAUGGUCGCUGCUGCUUUCAGUACAGGAGGGGAAACUUGUCGUCGAGCGAGCUUCGGCUUGCUUUAAACCUGAUCUGAUGAUAGUAGAGUUUGGUGGUGAAGCUUUUUCUUAAACUGACACCUUACAGCUCAACAUGGAGUACUUGCUGCAGGUGAAAAUAGGCGCUCUGGUCGGGUUAUUGUUCCUAACUCUUCUUUUUGGAUUCAUCCCUGCUCGAGUCAAGUGGUUCAGCCAAACAAAUGGGUCAGAGACCCAUCGCACCGUCUUGAGUCUGAUCAGCUGUUUUGCCGGAGGGGUUUUCUUGGCAGCAUGUCUGCUCGACAUCAUUCCAGAUUAUCUGUCGGACGCCAGCAUCGCACUGGAUGCUCGAGGGCUGGAGACCGACUUCCCCCUCCCAGAGUUCAUCAUGGCUGCUGGCUUCUUCAUGGUCCUCAUCUUGGAGAGGUUUGUCCUGAAUUGUAAGGAAAUGGUAGGGACUCGGGACGAGAGGGCACCCCUUAUACACGACAACAGAAACGGGCAUGACCAUGGGCAUGGGAUAUCCUCGAGUCCUGAUCUGGAGAGCAGCGGCCAUCAUGUCCAUGUUGACUUUCAGGCCCACUCUCCCUUCCGUUCCUUCAUGCUCUUCCUCUCUCUCUCGCUCCACUCUGUUUUUGAGGGUCUUGCCAUAGGCCUACAGAGCACUGACUCAAAGGUUUUAGAGAUCUGCAUUGCUAUACUUGUCCACAAGAGCAUCAUAGUGUUCAGCCUGUCGGUGAAGCUGGUCCAGAGCGCAGUUCGUCCUCUGUGGGUGAUUGCUUACAUCGUAGUGUUCGCCGUAAUGUCACCUUUAGGCAUCGCCAUCGGUAUUGGUGUGAUGGAGGCCAAGCUAGAAGCUGGAGCCCUAAUCCAGGCUGUCCUAGAGGGGCUCGCUGCAGGCACAUUUGUUUACAUCACCUUUUUGGAGAUCCUCCCACAUGAGCUCAACUCUCCAGGGAAGCAGCUUCUCAAGGUACUCUUCAUCCUGCUAGGCUUCAGCGUCAUGGCUGGCCUCACGUUUAUCGGUUGACAUGAAGACCAGUCGUCAUUUCAACUGGUCAGCAUGUGACCUGGACGCUUUGUGCCAACUACUGCAGCUCCCACGUGUGUGGGUGACUUUUGUACAUAAAGACAAACUGUUCUCAUUAUAAAAAGACACACUUGCCACACUGUUACUUCCAACUUUAAAGUUUGCCAUGUCAAAGGAAGUAUGAUAACAGUAGCUGGUUUUUAUUUCUUUUAAUAUGCUUGUUUUUAAAAUGUCCUAAUUGAGAAUUAUUUCUCAAUAUAAUUUCUUUUAAGGAGGAUUUUAUAUGAAGAGGAACCACUUAAUGAUAAGUUAUGAAUGACCGAGAGCCUGAGGGUAUAGGGGAAAAGUCCUCUCUUUAUCACUGGCCUAGUUUUGAAACAUGCUUUGGAUCUGCAAACAAAAUCUCUGCCUCUGACCUUUGACACAAUUGAGGAAACCACCACUGGAAACAAAGGGCCCUCCCUCACUGUGUGUAUGUGAUACCUUGUAAUUAAUUCAAUCAUGUGAGUUUAACCUCACCUCCAAAUAUUUCAUGUUUACAUUUGAUUUGAAGUUUGACAGCAUUUUGUCUCUAAUAAAAGCACUGCUUGUGCCUUCACUUUUGUAUUUCAUACAGUACUCUGGUUCUUUAGUACAAGCUCAGCUGGAUUGUUGGUCUUCAUAAAUUGUUAUUAAUAGUGUUUCUACUGAUCUGGGUUCACUUCAUACAUUUUGGGAUUUUAGUGCAAUCCUUUUUAGUUGUAGUUUCCUUACAAACUGCAUAAUGCACCAUUUCUGACAUUUGUUUAGUAAAACUGGGGAAAUGUAAACUGACUCCCUCAUGCCUUAAGAUGUUUUUUGCCAAAAAAAGGUUAAAGAAAAAAAAGAAAAGAAUGGAUGUCAUGACAAAAGGUAGAGGAUUUUUUUUUAUGCUGUUGCACUUUUCCAAUAAAAAAAAAUCAGUGUAUCUCCACACUUGAUGUAACAGGCUGUUGACAACCCACUAUUUAAACAAGCUGAUUGCUAUUGUUUACAGUGUAUUCACCUUUGGUCUUGUUUCGUCCACUGUGACACUUUAUGUCUUAUUAAAACAUGAUAUCUACACUGAGUCCUUUACUUCUCUAUUUGAAUUGUGGAAAAAUGCAGAAGCAUAAUUUCAAACCGACUGGAGGCCCAGGGACAGAGAUGUAGUUUUCAUGGUCUGCACAUGUGAACUGGCUUUAAUAGAGUCCCCAAAAAAGAUGUCUUGUUUUAGUAGGAAAAACAAUACUUUUUCAAACACAUCUCAAAAACAUCCAGUACAUCUGUGCAUUAAGUUCACUCUAAGUCAGUCAUGUUAAAGUCUGUGCAUGUAAUUAUAGAUUUCAACUGUCCCCGCUUCGUCACAUUUCCUGUUUCAGUCUUGUGAUUUAUUUCCUAUGUAAGCAGGAAGUUGGGAUGUGGUUGAUAGCUAAUGUCAGCAAAAAUAUGAUAUGUGAUAGUCAUUCAAACCAACGAAUUCAAUUGUGGUGUGCCUCAAUUUUUGUGCUGAUGUGCUCAUUAUCAUGUGAUCAAGACUGAUGAAACUGUCUCCACCAAAAAAAAAAAAGAAUAGACUGCCACUGCUUUCACUUCAGUGUUGUUACUUUGCUGUAACAGUGUCACUCAUUUCUAAGAAAUGAAAAGACAUGAAAACAUUGUACUACUGUUUUCCAGUUUAGUUGAUCUAAAUUGCAUUACAGCUUAAUGGUUUGUCAUAGCACAGUAAAGUGCACUAAAGUUUAUAUGAAGUAGUUGUGGGUGAAUCGUUAUAUAAAGUAUUAUAACUACAUGUAGGGCGGGUUUUGCUUAAGGCAUGUUUAGAAAAUACCAGCAUCAAUAGGAUCAGUGUAAAUACAGUAUGCAUUGAUCUCAGAUUAAAUUAUGCCCUGAGCAGUGAGCACAUGGACAAAUAUAAACUCUUUACACUUUUGUGCUGAUGAAUGUGUGCAUUCACACAGCAUUUACCUCAUUAGUUCAGACAAUUUACACAUAAACAUUUUUUUUUACCAUGAUAAACAUGUUUGUUUUUUAGCAGUAAUCUGAUAAAGUGAGCAGUAAAUAAAAAGAAAGCAAAACUGAAUGUUUGCCAGAUUAUUGAAAUGGUAUUAAAGAUAUUAAGUCAGGUAG